UUUGAUUUCAGUCUCAAGCUGAGCACACAGAGCGUCAGAUUAAACAGCAGUUUGAGACGCUUCAUCAGUUUCUCAGAGAUGAAGAAGAAGCUACAAUCACUGCACUGAGAGAGGAAGAGGAGCAGAAGAAGAAGAUGAUGAAGGAGAAGCUGGAGGAGAUCAACACACACAUCUCAGCUCUUUCACACUCAAUCAGAGACAUGGAGGAGAUGAUGAACGCCAGUGACGUCUGCUUUCUGAAGAAGUUUCCAGUCUCGAUGGAAAGAGUCCAGAUCUCAUCACAGCCGGAUCCACAGACUCCUUCUGGAGCUCUGAUUCAUGUGCCACGAUACUUGGGAAACCUGCUCUUCAGAGUCUGGAAGAAGAUGCAGGACAUCGUCCAGAACACUCCUGUGAUUCUGGAUCCAAACACGGCUCAUCCAGAUCUCGUCGUGUCUGAUGAUCGGACCAGUGUGAAAUACAGCGGGAACAAACAACCUCUUCCUGAUAACCCAGAGAGGUUUGACAUCUAUGACUGUGUCCUGGCUUCAGAGGGGUUUAACUCGGGAACACACUGCUGGGACGUGGAGGUUAAAGAGAGCUCAUGCUGGAGUCUCGGAGUCACUACAGCAUCAAACCGGAGGAAGGGACGUGAUUUCUAUAACAAUGAUGUCUGGAGUGUGCGAUAUGGACAGUUUGAGCAGGAUCUUGAGCGUGUGAGAGUGUAUCUGGACUAUGACAGAGGAAUG